AUGCACGUAUUGUGUAACAUCCACGUACAUGUUCAUGAUGGAGGAAGAUUGGCGUCUUCUGCAGAGGGAGCCACUCGUACCUUAGAACGCACGAGACGGGGUUUCUCAAAGUCACCGCAUGAGCAGACCUCAUUCAGCGGAGCAGUCCGGGUCUUGGAUUUGCUUAGUGCUUGUCGCUUGAAGAGGUUGAGAAGACUAUUCAACUCAACUUUUUGUCCUUCAGAUUUCCAAAUAUAA